ACUUACAGAACAACCGGAAGUAAACAAAGACAUCCCUGUGUCGUGCUUUGUAAAUUUGUAAUUGAACUCUAAGAAAGAGCGUUGUUUGUGUAUCUUUUAAUUAUGGAAAAUAUCAUUUCAAUUAUGCGUCAGCUACAACUUACUGAUAAAUCUGCGAUACAGUUAAAUAAAUCAGACCCAGACUACAUUAUUGAUUUAUCUUACCAAGAAAGGUAGAAUAAGUUAAUGUUAUUAGUUAUAAGUCAAGUUAUAUUGAAACUGACUCAGACUCUGAUUUUAACAUUUGAUUUGAUGUUACUGUUACUUUAAUUACUGGUACUAGCUAAAAAUAAAAAUCUCAAGAAAAUUAAAUAGGGAGAAAGCCCCUAAUACUUAAGCAUAAUAAUUUUACCUCAUUUUGCUAAUUUGGAGAGAUAGCACCCUGACGUCAUUUGCGUUUUAUGUCUCUGGUUCCGAUAGGGUCAAAACCCUAGUUCCGAGGGUCAAAACCUAGAUUAGAGAUAAGUUUAGGGUUCAUGUUAGGUUUAGGGAUAAAUUUAGGCAGGGUUCAGGUUAGGUUUAGGGAUACAUUUAGGACAUAAGUUUGCGGUCGCGGUAACCAAGAUGGUCGCAUCGGUGCUAUCUCUCCAAAUUUACCAGAUAGCCUAAUUUUCAUUUUGGUAAUGUUAUUUGAGAUGUAAUUGUAAUAACUUAAUUUUAAUUGUAUUUCUAAGAUCUGCUGCCCCUUUUCCUCAAACUCAAAUGGUGUCAGUUGCAGUUUUUCUUACGGCUUACGGACAGCACACUGAAAACUAUAAAUAGACUUUAAAAAAUAUAAUUUAGAUUAAGUUUUAAUCUGAUGACAUUGGCAGCAAAAGAGCAGAAAUGGAGAAUGUACAAUUGUAGGAAAGUGUGGGGUGUUGUGGGGGGGGGGGGCAUUUGAAAAAAAAUAUAUACAUAAUGUGGGGCAUCAUUUUCGGCCAACUGCAGAGAGUUUUCAUGGUGAUGGAGCUGCGAAAAUCUUUGCCCACCCCUGGCGCCACUAACCUAGCUAUGCCACUGCACACUGCGCUCUGUUUGUCCUUCUUGGCUAUAAAUAAUUUCUUUUACAUGCAUUCCUAACAAAUAUAGUUCCUAUUAUUGUUUAAUUAUAUCCAAUGUUCCUUUGACUGUUCUGUGUAGGGAGAGGGGGGGGGGGAGGAGAUUCAUGGGAAGUCGAUGAUAUUUUGGUUUUACGUUUUUGCUUUUUGUUUUACAUUACAGCAAUAAUGAUCCAUUGAUAGCUGCAGCAUGUAGUAACUUCACUAUCAGACUCAUGUCCAGAACAAGGCUCACCCCUGUGUCGACUAUAAAAGGUGAAAUCACCAUAAAUUAAUUAGUUCUAUCACAUGUCUUUUUUAGGCUGAAGAUUUAUAAAUGCAAACAGGCACUCUCCACUAGGGGUGUGCCGGAUCCGUUUUUUCCAACCGGAUCCGGAUCCGGAUUUUCUUAUGCGAAAUCCGCCGGAUCCGGAUUCCGGUUUCUCCCGGAUUCCGGAUUUUGGUACUAUUGGUAGAUACUUCGGUAAGUCAAGGUGGACUACUACUUUUUGUGUAUGGGAAUUUGCAAUCGGCGCCAAAAAUCCGAGUUUUUAAUUUUCCGGUGUGUGUGUCUAUUUAUUAUUAAAUUAGUACUUUCGAUAUAUAUUUGAGUUCCGUUCCAUUUGGAUAAGUGUCUUACGAGAGACGCCAUGUUUCUACGCGUUCGCAGCAGGUUAUGCAGCUCGCUCAACCUAAUUUCGCCAUGGGGUUGGCCACGCCCCCCUUUUUAAUGGCGGAAGUUGACGAUACUUAGGAAAUAUUAAUUUAUUAUCACUAUUUACAUCAAAAUAAUUGAUAACUUGUGUUUCAGAAUGCAUUUAAAGACAUUUAAACUGGAAUGUUUUAAUUUGAGCUUUAACAACCCGGUAGAAUCCAUAUUAUAAAUGAUCAGAAUUUACCGUGUGCAACACGUUGUCAUUGGCAACCAUUCACAGCCACUUGCAUAACUGUAUCGUAGUACUACCUCAGAGUUUCAUUCAUAAGAGUUUGCCGUGUGCAAAAACUAUUAAACCAUUGGUCAGGGAAAGCUUUAAUUAAUUAUUCAUGUGCCAAAGUUGAAAGUUUAAACUAAGUCUAAACAGUAUUUUAGUGAUAAGGCAGGGAAUGCGUUGCCUUAUAUAAACUAUAUAGUCAUUGCGCAUGACGGGAUUGGUGGAAUGAGAUCACAGAAUGUGGAGAUGCAGUCCAUGUUAAAAAAUGACAAACCAAGUCGUACUUUAAAAAUUCAUAACUUUAAAACUACAACAGCUAAAAAUAUGAUUUUGGUGUUAUAAUUCUUUAAAAAAUUACAUCUUUUCAACUAUGCCAUUGGUUUAUUUUUACAAAAAGUUUAAAUUUUCUUAUCAAAGUCCCUACACUAUUGGCCACUAUUAGCGGUGCUGACUCUAGCCUCUGGUAUGUACGGAAUAUUAAACAUUAAACAAGCUCAACGCUCGAAACAAUCGAUUAAUGUAUCGUGAUCGUGUGAAAUUCGGGAAAGAGAAUUACUUUUAUUUCAGAUUAUGAUCCGGUGAGUCACAAAAUCUGGCAAAUUCCGAAAUCCGGUAUAUUCCGGAAUCCGGAAUCCGGUUGUUCCGGAUACAUGUAAAUCCGGCGGAACCGGAUUUCACCGGAUAGUGCAAAAUCCGGCGGAACCGGAUUCCGGACCGGGGUCCGGCACACCCCUACUCUCCACACAUGGUGUACUUAGAAGAUCAAUGAAAGCUUCCAUUUAGUAGAGCCAGAUCUAAUAAUUAGAAAAUGGGAAAUUUUUUUUUGUUGAAAAAGGGGGGUGGGGUGAUUUUAAUGGACUUGAAAUAAUUUUUUUUUUCUAAUUGGUUGACAGAAAACUUUUAAAUGGGGAUUGUGCUACUACUGUGCUAUGUUGUAAAAAAUAUCCUUGAAGGAUCAAAUCUCUGAUGUCUGACCAAACAAAAAUAAAUAUUUUUAAUGUAAAAUAUAUAAACAAAUUAAUCCAAAUGCAGACAGCUUAUGUGAAGCAACUACUGAUGCUAAUAACGGGGUACUUAUAAGCAUAUUAAAAUUUAGCUAUUUUAAAGCAAGCAAACAAUGAAUAUUUUCAGGUUUAUAUCUCUUUAAACUGCAACUUAAAAUUACCUACCCUUGUGGGGUGUUACUCAUGGUUUGGGAACCAGCCAUGCAUUGCAGAAAGGUUUUUUCAAAUGCUUUUUGUUUUCCUUUGUUGUUAUUUUUGUUUAACUGCUUGAAAAUAAAUCUGUUUUUUUAACAGGCCAUAAAGAUACAAUCACUAAAGUUCAGUUUGGUAAAACUGACGAUCACCUGGUAUUUUCCUGUUCAAGAGACAAAAGCAUCAGGUUUGUGAGGUUUCUAAGAGUUUAAAUGGGACAUGUCUAAGCUUUUUAAAUUAUAAAACUGUAAUGAUUGCUCCACUCAUGUGAGUUCAAACAUGCAGUACCAGAAUUAUCAAAGGGUAGACUAAAAGGAAGGCACAUUUUUAGGGGGGACUUAAAUGUACAUCCAAUGACAUAAUGUAUCAUAGUGACAGGCAUCUCAGGAAGUCAUACAAAGAAAGUAUUAAAUUUAGGGGUGGUGGAGAAAUGGACUAGACCUAAUUUGUCAGUCAUGAUAAUUAAGUAAAGGGGUGCUGGGUGGCCGAGCUGUCUAAACUGUCUCACACCAAAUAACUGAUGGUCUGGAGUUCAAUCCCCACCAAAGCCAACAUCCCAAGCACCCCGGAUGGAUGGGACAGCCUUGGACAGCAACCCAUCUUAGAGAAAGCAAACUCUGAAUUUAAACCAGGAGCCAGAAUGAUCAGCAAAUUGAUUGUGGACCCCUCAAAUAUAAGAAGAAGAAGAAGACUCACACUCAAAAAGACUGUCACAGAAAGGUUUUCUUUGAGAAAUUUUGACUGCCGAGGGGCCUCCAUAAUGCACUGUAAAUAUGUUACUCACAAGUAUAAGAAGUCUCAAUAUCUAUGUCUAAACACUUAUUGCUGGAUAAGUAGUUGUAAACCCAUCUGCCAAUUCCAAUGGAGUCAGGUUUCUGUUUCUUGAAAACAUUUUUAUUUGUUCAUGUAUAAUAAAUUUUAAAUUGACUUUAAAAAAAAAAUAUAAAAAAAAUGAAGCUGCAAAGCUGAAGCUAGCCUUAAAUAAAUAAGUGAACAAUAUAAAAAAGAUUUAACACAUUGCUUCAGGAAGUUCCUGUGUAGAUAUUACAGUUCUAUGUCUUGAACAUUUUUCCCCAAUAAAUUUUACAUUACUUGAUAGUUGUUAGUUUUAUUUUACAAUGUAAACUUACAGAAAGACUCAUUGUUUAUUUUGGUGAAUUAGUUGACAAACUCAUGUUCACCAUUUGAGAAAGAAGUCUCUAAAUAUUUUUUGCUUUGAUUUUUUUUUUACAUUUUUGUUGAUAAAAUAUUUUGAUAGCUUAACUAAGAAAUGCUCAUAUGUUGUAUUGAAAAUGUGAAUACCGAAAUUUAACACUAAAGUUAUUCAUAUUGCUGGAUAAAAUUCAGCGGGGUACUAUAAGGAAAAUAAUUGUUCAGAUAUUUUUAUGUGCACAGUAAAGCUUAUACAUUACUUUGUUCAUGUAUACCAUAAAAUGACACUUGGCAAGAUAAAGCCAUCUGAAUUGAUGUUUGUUAACAAUCAACUUAUAAUUUACAUUUUAUGUGUUGAUGUUUGUAAACAUGCAGGUGCUGGGACACGCGAACAUCCCCGGUCAAAGAGGCCCAGACUUAUAAAAGUAAGUUAAAAUAAAAAUUAUUUAAUUUCAGGUUAGCCAUUUCAACAAUCUCAUGUAUGCACUGUCAUUAAAAAACUGAUAAGACUGUAGUGCAAAAUGGAAGUAUUUAGUAUUAGCAAUAAAAUAUACUUGUCUAAAAUUACUGAAAGAGAAAUCUAAUUUUUUUUUUUUAAACUAAUAAUAAGAAUACACAGAUAUUAAAAAUAAAUGUUAAUUUAUAAAGAUAUAACUAUGCACAUCUUUAUUGUAGUUAUUGGAUGUAGUGUGUCAUGUUAUAAGUGGUGGGAUUUCGGUAAUUAUUUAUAAAAGAUUUGUGAAAUGUUUUUUGAUAGAUGUGAUACUGAACUUAUUUAGGAUGGGAGAGCCGCAUUUCGGGUCAUAGGAAAUGCCUGGAUCCGGAUAUCCACUUUCAUGUUUAUCUUCAUAUGAGCUAUACACAUUUUUUAAAAUCAUCAUUUUGCACUCUGGCUAGGUCAGUCAUGAACAUUUAAUGUAUGUUUGUACUGGUGCAAAAAAAAAAGAACAUUGUGUUGAGUGGACAUCUCUACUAAUGCUAGAUUAAUACCAGCAAGCAGUUUUAGCAUUAUCACUCACAUUGAUCAUUGCUGUUAAAUCAGAGUCACUGCUAUCACUCACAUUGAUCAUUGCUGUUAAAUCAGAGUCACUGCUAUCACUCACAUUGAUCAUUGCUGUUAAAUCAGAGUCACUGCUAUCACUCACAUUGAUCAUUGCUGUUAAAUCAGAGUCACUGCUAUCACUCACAUUGAUCAUUGCUGUUAAAUCAGAGUCACUGCUAUCACUCACAUUGAUCAUUGCUGUUAAAUCAGAGUCACUGCUAUCACUCACAUUGAUCAUUGCUGUUAAAUCAGAGUCACUGCAGUUGUCUACUUCAUAGGCUGGCAACAUUAUUUAAGAGCACCAGCUAAGUAAACAUCACUUUGCCUCAUUAUUUUUGUUUUUUUUUAAAGCCAAUUUAGAUUUAAAAAUUGAGGCAAGGGCCACAUAGAUUGGAUUUGGGUGCCAAAUGUUGCCAAACCUUGUUCUCUAAAACACAUUGGAGAUCAAGUAUUUUAUAAAAAAAAAAAAAGAAAAUUCCUUGCUUGUUUUAUUCAGCCCCACCAAGUGUCAAAGCUGACAUUCUAAGUCUGGACGUCAGUAGUUCCGACAGACUUCUAUGUGCCGGCACUGAGAUGGUCAGUAAUGAUUCUUAUUUGCUUUUUUGGUAAGUUUCUAAAUGCUUUCAUAGAGAAAAAUGAGAAGAUAAGAAAAAAAAGGAUAUAAUUAGAGGAUUUUUUGUGGAUUGUGUAAGGGAUCUGGGAUUGUAUGUGAUGAUGGGGGACGUUGGAUUAGUAAAUAUCAAGAAAGAAAUUACUUUUUAAAAGGAAGCUACGGUGAUGAUUAUUACUGAUAAAUACUUGUUUCAUUAAAAAGGCGGUAGCUGGCAGAAUUUUAUCGCCAGUUCUUUUUAUUAUUUCAACUAAAAAGUUAACGCAUUUAUCAAGGGCAGUAAGUCCUAGCAACCAAACAAAGAAUGAUGGUGUUUCUAUUUCCACAGGGACUGCAGGCAGACCAAUGUUUUGGGUUGCUAUGGUGACUGUCAUCAAGAUGACAUAACUCAGGUAAAAUGGAUAUCUUAAUAAAUUAUUAUAGUUAGCCUAAUAAUAAUGAUAAGAAGUUAUUUUUAGUUUUUUUUGCAGCAUGCCGUGGACCAUGGCAUUAAUUUAUUGGUUACAGGAUGAAGGCAUCUGAAGGAAUCUGAUUUCUGUGUCUGACAAUACAAUUGAUGAGCACAUGUCUACACAAACAUCAUGUAAACGGAAAAACACAAACAUCAUAUAAACUGGACAACACAAACAUGAUUAAUACAGAGCACACAACCUGGAUGUUCUCAGUGGUUCUGUCCAUAGACCAGCUCUUUAAAGAGGUUUACUUGAUCUUUUAACAUGAUCAUCAGAACACAGAUUUCAACAGCUGACUUACGUUUCUAACAGUCAUGGCAUUUCUGUAUUCGUCUGAAGGCCUUUACUAUUCAGAUCGUUAAUCAACAAUACUCAAAGAGCGUAACAGAACAGAUUUGUUUUGACAUAAUACAACCACACAAACAUGCACCCUAGCAUUUAGUACUCAAUAUAUAUAUAUAUAUUACUAUAUAUACGGCAUCCUUCCGUCUUCGUAAGACAAUAGAGUAGCUAUAUAGUCCUACACUUCCAGCUCACUAAGCUAAUUUGAGAAUGACAAUCUCAACCGCAUCUCUCUCAUUGAUUCAUGGUAAGAUUUUGACUUCUGUUUUGUUCUUUUUGUUGCACUGCAAGGGCCUCGUUUCGCGUAUCUUCUGCCUUUUUGACUCCUUCAUACACUGCUUUAUGCCAGAUGGAACGUUGUUCGGCAAUGAGCUCCCAUUCCUUGUUUUCAAUAUUGGCUUCCCUCAUGCUCCUUUUGCAAACAUCCAUAAAUCUCAGGCGUGGCUGUCCAAUAAGUCUUGUCCCUUCUGCCAACUCUCCAUAAAGCGGCAUCUUUGGGAUACGGCCUUCCUCCAUUCUCCGUACAUGACCUAACCAGCGAAGGCGCCUAUUGCUAAGAAAGGAGAAUAUUCUAAACAUGUGUGCACAUUCAAAGACCUCCGUGUUAGGCACCUUGUCCUGCCAUCGAAUGCGUAAAAUACGACGCAGACAUCUUUGAUGGAAUCUGUUGAGUUUCCGCUCCUAACUGGUAUAUCGGUCCACACUUCACUACCAUUAAGGAGCGUACUAAGCACACAUUCCCGAUAGACACUUAUUUCUGUUUUAUCAGUUAAAUUGAGAUUAUUCCACAUAUAAUACCAGUCUUUUCCAACCUGUGCGUCGCACUGCUCAGGGGCUCCACAGCUGCUCCAGGGAAGUCCUGAACACUAUUAACUUGUGGGCAAAGGGCACGAGUUCCUCCAUAGAAAUUGAUUCUUAAAAGGUGUUCUGCUAGUCAAAAAAGUUUGGGAACCACUGCAUUAUUUAUAAUUAUAUAAUUCAUAUCUGACAUUUGUACUGUUAUUAGGAAUAAUUGUUUAAAUUUUUAUAUCAAAUUUAGGUCAGUUUUCAGCCAGGCAGUGACCGGUUCUUGGCGUCUGGUUCGGCUGACGGCUUGCUGUGUACAUUUGAUCUGCAAGAAACAUCUGAAGAUGAUGCGUUACAGAUAACAUGUAAUGCUAUGUCUGAUGUGGUAUGUUGUCAUGUAAUGCUAUCUCUUAUGGGGGUGUGUUGUCAUGUAAUGCUAUGUCUUAUGGGGGUGUGUUGUCAUGUAAUGCUAUGUCAUAUGGGGGUAUGUUGUCAUGUAAUGCUAUGUCUUAUGUGGUAUGUUGUCAUGUUGUUGCGUCUGUUUUUAAAUGUGGUAAAUUUUGGAUGUUUUUAUUUCUCUUUUUAAUAUGGUUGACUUUGUACCGCGCUUUGAGCUUUUGGGGAUGAAGCGUGUUUUUCAAAUAAACUUUAUUAUUAUUAUUAUUAUGUAAUGCUAUGUCUUAUGGGGAUAUGUUGUCAUGUAAUGCUGUCUUAUGUGCUUUGUUGUCAUGUAAUGCUAUAUCUGAUGUGGUGUGUUGUCAUGUAAUGCUAUAUCUGAUGUGGUAUGUUGUCAUGUAAUGCUGUCUUAUGUGGUAUGUUGUCAUGUAAUGCUGUCUUAUGUGGUAUGUUGUCAUGUAAUGCUGUCUUAUGUGGUAUGUUGUCAUGGAAUGCUGUCUUAUGUGGUGUGUUGUCAUGGAAUGCUAUUUCUGAUGUGGUGUGUUGUCAUGUAAUGCUGUCUUAUGUGGUAUGUUGUCAUGUAAUGCUGUCUUAUGUGGUGUGUUGUCAUGGAAUGCUAUUUCUGAUGUGGUGUGUUGUCAUGUAAUGCUGUCUUAUGUGGUAUGUUGUCAUGUAAUGCUGUCUUAUGUGGUGUGUUGUCAUGGAAUGCUAUUUCUGAUGUGGUAUGUUGUCAUGUAAUGCUGUCUUAUGUGGUAUGUUGUCAUGGAAUGCUGUCUUAUGUGGUGUGUUGUCAUGUAAUGCUAUAUCUGAUGUGGUAUGUUGUCAUGUAAUGCUGUCUUAUGUGGUAUGUUGUCAUGUAAUGAUGUCUUAUGUGGUAUGUUGUCAUGGAAUGCUGUCUUAUGUGGUAUGUUGUCAUGGAAUGCUAUAUCUGAUGUGGUGUGUUGUCAUGUAAUGCUAUAUCUGAUGUGGUAUGUUGUCAUGUAAUGCUGUCUUAUGUGGUAUGUUGUCAUGUAAUGCUGUCUUAUGUGGUAUGUUGUCAUGGAAUGCUAUAUCUGAUGUGGUGUGUUGUCAUGUAAUGCUAUAUCUGAUGUGGUAUGUUGUCAUGUAAUGCUAUAUCUGAUGUGGUAUGUUGUCAUGUAAUGCUAUAUCUGAUGUGGUAUGUUGUCAUGUAAUGCUAUAUCUGAUGUGGUAUGUUGUCAUGUAAUGCUAUAUCUGAUGUGGUAUGUUGUCAUGUAAUGCUAUAUCUGAUGUGGUAUGUUGUCAUGUAAUGCUAUAUCUGAUGUGGUAUGUUGUCAUGUAAUGCUAUAUCUGAUGUGGUAUGUUGUCAUGUAAUGCUAUAUCUGAUGUGGUAUGUUGUCAUGUAAUGCUAUAUCUGAUGUGGUAUGUUGUCAUGUAAUGCUAUAUCUGAUGUGGUGUGUUGUCAUGUAAUGCUAUAUCUGAUGUGGUAUGUUGUCAUGUAAUGCUAUAUCUGAUGUGGUAUGUUGUCAUGUAAUGCUAUAUCUGAUGUGGUAUGUUGUCAUGUAAUGCUAUAUCUGAUGUGGUAUGUUGUCAUGUAAUGCUAUAUCUGAUGUGGUAUGUUGUCAUGUAAUGCUAUAUCUGAUGUGGUGUGUUGUCAUGUAAUGCUAUAUCUGAUGUGGUAUGUUGUCAUGUAAUGCUAUAUCUGAUGUGGUAUGUUGUCAUGUAAUGCUAUAUCUGAUGUGGUAUGUUGUCAUGGAAUGCUAUUUCUGAUAGGGUUUUUUCAUGUAAUGCUUUCUCAGUUCUGUCCCAAGUUCUGUCUAACCGUUGUGAUUAACUCUUGUGUAUUUCAACUAAUAUAAUGCAGGUCUCCAAAUUAAGUAGUUUUGCAGAUGAUCUCGAAAUUCCUUCUCAAUGGCUCAUGGCUCAGACUGAGGGCCUUAGAGUCACGAAGUGCUAUUGAUUAGGUUAAUCUAAAACAAGGAAAUCAUACAAGUACAUAUACAUAAUCUUUCAGAAAAUUUACUCUUUGAAAAAUAUGAAUGUCAGAAAUUUCAGUUUUCCAGAUUCUUAAUUUAAGCUCAAGUAGAAGCCACUCUUCAGAAAAAUUGUUAGUCUCUUUAAGAAUUUGGUAUUUCUGUGACGUCUUCUGGUGGUCAACAACCCUUUCUCUAGAGCAGCGGUUCUCAACCUGUGGGUCGCGACCCCUUUGGGGGUCGCACGACCUAUUCACAGGGGUCUCAUAAGACCUUCUGAAGACACAUAUACUGUUCAGUUAUAAAGAAUCAACAAAAAUAUUUUUGUGGUUAGGGGUCGCCACAAUAUGUGUAACUGUAUAAAAGGGUUGCAGCAUUAGAAAGGUUGAGAACCACUGCUCUAGAGGUUCAAAAAUGUGAAGACCACUAUUUUUAAAUGCUCAGCCCCGCUUUCUUUCAAAAUUAUAUUUUAGACUUGACUGUUUUUAAUCAACAUUUUGUUAUGUCAAUUCUGUAGUCUCGUGUAGGAUGGUGCGGUAAAGACCGACAACAGUGUGUCUAUUGUGUGACAAGUGACCACAGUGUUCAUGUGUGGGAGGCAUUACAGGUGAGUGCUGAGAGAUUUUUAAUCUGUGGUGUGUUUGUAGCUAAGUGUGAAAAUGAGGGAUUCUAUUAUCGGGAACGGAACUCAUACUUUUUUAAAACUGAUAACUCAAGAGAUAGGUAUACACCACAAUAAAGUUCAUUUGAUUUAAGUUUAGAGAGUGUAAAUUUGUUUACUCCUGUUAUUUUCACUCAUAAAAUUUUGUAUUUUUUUUUAUUCUUUUAACUAUUCUUAAUUUAUUUCAUGGUACAAUUGGAAGAAAAAUAUACAAAAUAUACAUUUUAAAAACUUUAAAGUUUUUAAUAAUAUUUAUGUUUUUUUUGGUUGUUUUUUUGCGAGUUUGAGAUUCGCGGGACACGCCAAAGCGAGAGUCGCCAUCUUUGGCAAAUGUGUGUAAGACACUUGUCGGCGUGGCAGUGCAGAAUCGUGAAUAAUAAAUAUUACUGAUGAAAAUAUCUAUCACCUUUAUUUGAAUCUUCUGGGGAAAAUAGUGGGGAACCUGAAUCAAGUGAUUCUGAUUCAGAUUUUGAUGAGAAUCUUCCUUUGCAACCCAUUUAAGUUGUUAAUACUAGAAGGUUAGUAAUCAAGUGGUUCAUCAUUCAGGUUUUAAAAAAUUUUGGGUUUUAUUAAUACUUUUUUUAUUUAUCUGUUUCAUUUGUGUUUUUAAGAAUAUAGAAAUAUUAACUAGCCAUUUUUAAAUGAAAUUAUGAAAAUAAAAAUCGCUUCAUAAUAUGGGAAAAUUUUAUUACAUAGAUAUUUUGAGAUGUCGUUAUUCUCAGCAACUGUUGCUAAGGAAUGUAAACAAUGCGGUUAGCACUGCUUAUUAUGAUAUAUUUCAUUCUAAAGGUCAUGAAAUUUGAUAUCUGUUUGUGUUGUAAAAAUUUAAUUCACUGAUCUAAAUUUUAUAGGCGUAAUGGUUUUUAGACAGUAUUGGAAGUAUUAAAAAUUGGAAAUUUAAGUGAAGCAUAUAUAUUGUAUUCAUGUCAUCCCUAUAAGUAGCAUAUAGGUCUAUAAUAUUAGUUGCUCUUUUACAUUCACAGGUUCAACUCCAUUGAUGUACAAGAUGAUGACCCACCAGAUCCCAUUCCUAAGUUUCCUCCAGCCAGAAACCGGGGCUUACAUCUCAGGGAAGAAAUGUCAACAUGGAUACAGUGAGCCAGUUUCUUCAAAGAUUUUUUCACACUGGAUUUGGUUGAAACAUUUGUAAACUACACCAGCUAUUCAACUACCAUAGGACCUUCUAAACCUCCCAUCAUCAGAGGUUGUUAAACAUUUCAACAGAUGAAUUGUACAUAUUUCUAGGACCACUAAUGUGCAUGGCAACUCUACCAGUCCCCGGUGUACAAAAAUACUCAACAACUUCAACAAUCUUUCAUUACUACCAUGAAAUUUUCAGCUAAUGCUUUCUUCCCAAAAACAGAUUUAAUCAAAUUAUGACGUUCUUCAAUUUUUCUAAUAUUGAAACCGACAAGAAGGACAAACUGUGCAAAGGAAAUUUUUUUAUCAGGACGAAAUAAGAUAAGAGACAAAGCAAUGUGAUAUGUGGUGGAUAUGAGACACUGUGAUAUGUGGUGGGUAAGAGACAAUGUGAUAUGUGAUGGAUAAGAGACAAUGUUAUAUGUGAUGGAUAAGAGGCUAUUUGAUAUGUGGUGGAUAAGAGGCUAUUUGAUAUGUGGUGGAUAAGAGGCAAUGGGAUAUGUAGUGGAUAAGAGACAAUGUUCAGUGGAGAAAAAUAAAACAGUCACACUUUAUUUCUAAUAAUACGACAGUAAAUGGAUUGUCUUUUGCGAACAGAACCAAAACUGAUGGUGUGUUGAGAUAAUAUUGAAGAGAUAACCAAAUAUUGUUAAAUAAGAUGUUGAAAUCAUACAAUUCAUUCAUGUGUGGUGUUGACCAGUCUAUAAAUGGAUAUAUCACCAUUAGUAAAGAGAACAGCACUGGACUUACCAUUUUUCCAUUUUGUUGAUAUUGCCAGCUAUAAUCUCUUCAGGAUUGUUGAAAAGAAAAUUAUGUAUAGAUGAACAAAAGCUACCUAACAUUUUUAACUCUGAAUUGACUUCACUGAUGAAACUAUUUGAGCAUUAGGUGAUUUACCCAAACUGGUGAUGCUCCAAGUGUCUCAAAUGUAAAUAACACACAAUACAGCAGAAUACAUCCAAUAGUUCCUGAAUGCACAGAUUUAAAAAGAAAUUGCAUAUGUUGUGUGCUAUAAAUUAGGAAAGCAAAGAAGAAAAAACCAUCAAAAGUAGCAAGAUUGUCACUUACCUUUGUUUAAAAAAGAACAAAACAAAAGAAACUGAGUACCAGGAGAUUUAAAUUUAUCUACUAAUAUGUUUUGUAAUGUGUAAAUAAUUCUGAAAAGGUAAAGUAAUCAUAACCUGUAUUUUUGUGAAUACUUUGUGGAGGGGUGGUAAUUUUUAUAAUUUUAUUCCCCAAUUUGGCACAUAUUAUCAAAUAGUUUUCUGUCACAUGCUCCUGUAAUGUUCUAAGUUGUGCAUAUGUAAUACAAAAAUGAAUUUGCUUUCUGAAUACACAGAUGAUGUUAAAUAAUUCAGGUUGUUGUUUUUUUUCUUCUUUGCAUCUGAUAACCAAAAAAAAUUGAUUACACAUUUUCAUUUAAAAAAAAAAGUAUGCUGUUGAAAUUAUUUGUUUUGAAACAAACAUUUUUAGAAGCCUCAUGAAUUUCCCCACAAAUUUAUAUAUUGCUAUUACAUCUUGAACUUCAGACAUGGAUUCUAAAAAUUGUUAACUCUUUUGUACCCUCUAUAUCGACAUGAUAAAAAUUUCCCUCUCUGGUUCCUUACCCUUUCUGUGUCCUACUGUGAUUUACAACAAUUUUAUAUGUUUUCAUAAUAUAUCAGCUUAUAACCAACUACAACCAUUUUAUCACAUCAAAUUUUAAAAGCCUUUCAAAGAUUGUGUUUUUUUUUCUAGGGAGAGACAUAUUGCACUGUGUCAGACUUGACAAAUUCACCCAAGGUAACUAAUUUAUCCCAUUUUAAAGAGAUAUGUAACACAAUUCUGUUAAAAUCUUUGGUUGCUGUAAAGUAUGACAAAUAAUGGAAAUCUGCUGGUGUUAUUAACUAUAAAGAAGAAAUAUGUGUUACUCAUAACUUCAUUUUGUAAAGUUUUAAAUCCUUGACCACUGAACAAAUUCAAUUCAUUCCAAAGAACAAUUUUCUUAUAAAUCUUUCCUGUUGAAGAUCAAUAGUUCUGAUAAUGACAUGUCUGCCUGUCGAUAAUGACAUGUCUGCCUGUCGAUAAUGACAUGUCUGCCUGUCAUGGUCAAAUCUUGCAAUUAAUUUUUGUCCCACCUCUACCAAACUGAAUGUUUCCACUGUCAUAUUUUUUGUGACCACAUUAUGUCCCUUUUGUGGCAAGCCUUAGCUUUAUUUGUAUUGUAGUCUGUAAUUACUUGUGACAUCUUUGGAACCAAGUGUAACCAUGUCUAUUGUAACUGUUCUCAUGCAUUGAACCUUCUGUAAGUAAUCUUCACAUGUCCAUAUUUCCAUUUGUUGGUGGGCACCUUGAUCAAUCAGUCGUGAUGCCAGGUUAAGAAGUUUACAAGUCAGUAUGGCUCAUAGGCAAUGCAACAAAUAUAUUUUCAAAAUUAUAAUUGAACUCAUGGCCGCAACAUCAAACUAAGUUUUUGUUUAAAUAUUUUUUUUUAUUAUUAAAAACGAGUUUUAAAAAAUUGAUUACAAGAGCCAAAUAGACUAGAACAUUUAAUUGAAAAAUAAAUAAUUGUUAAGGUAAUUUCGACAUAUUGUCUUGAUUAUUCAAAUUUAAGCUUCCAAUGACCUUAUUUCAUUUCCAAAUAUCUGUGCAUUCUCCAUUACAUUGUUCCUUUUUCAUUGGUGUGCCACUAAUUAAUUUCUAAGACUAAUGACCCAAAAUCUAAGGGUGAACAUUUUUUCCUCACUUUUAUAGUAACGGUAGUUUUUAAUGUUUGGUGGAAUUGAACUUGAAAAGCUUUUUUAAAAUUGUGCACAUAUCUUUGUCUCUGUUUCAAAUUUAGGGAUUUGCUCUAGUAAAUAGAUGAAGACUUUAGCUUCAAUUAAGUCUUGAUUUACCUUGUCAAUUUACUUCUGACAUUUGCAUUUCAGAUGCCUUCAGAUUAUAUCAUUGACUGUAUACCCGAGCUGAGUGCAAUUGAUGACAAACACUCAGUUGUAGUUCUGACAGGUACACAUAGGUGAGUUGCAAUCAUUGCAUAUACUCUUUUUAUUAUCUAUUUGGAAGAAGAUAACAUUUUAAUACCUAGGGGUGAUUGUUGCAACUAUGCCCUUAAUUUUUGUAGGUGCAUAAUUUCAGUAACUAAUAAAUUCCAGCAAUAAAAACCAGUAACUCGCAAUAACGACUUUAUUGGGGUGAUCUUCGCCGUUGAGUGAAAAAAGGCGGUAAAUGAAUUAAGUUUUUUUUUGCCUCGUGAAUGCCUGCAAGCAAAAAUACGUACUAUGUAUAUGAGCUAAUAUAAAUUAAGUGUGCAAUUACACAAACUAUAAAACAAUGACAGAAAGGGAAAUGUGCAUAAUGUUCACCUUUAAUGAUAUAUUUCGUAUGUACAGUACGUGAUUUACAGCUAAACAAGAAAUAGAAAUAUGGAGAUUUAAGAGGGCCGCUGAUGCAAUACAUCGUUAAGAGAGGAGCCGUUAUUGCGAGGUGCUACAGUAUUAACAUUUUUUAAACAUUAUUUUCUGUAAAUUUGUUUGUGGAAAUAACUAUCCGUCUAAUGUUUAAAAAUGUGGGUCUUGCUCUAACCUUUUAGUCAGCGUCAUGACACAAAAUACAUCUUUAAACAAAAAUACAAAUCAUAAAUUUGCUUUGAAAAGUUGUACUAUGAUGAAGGGGUCACUCACACUCAGCCUGUGUGGGAGACUGGUGUUUUUAUUCUUUCACUUGCCAUGAUGAAUGAGUUGAAACUCAUCCUGUGUAACUUACUGUCAUUAUGGGCGGGUUUUUUUUUCUAGUGGCCUAUUGCGAUUGAUGUCCUGUUCUGAUGAAGGUGCACAUCAGCUUACUGAUCUGAAAAAUGGUCAUACUGCCACAGUCAGGUGCUCUCACUGGGAUUCUAAGGUGAGAGCUGUUUAUUUGUUUACAUAUUUUUUUAAAACCAUUGUGGAUUAUUUCAGUGGAAAAUGAAAUUGUUUUUAUUGGUAACCUGCUAACUAAUCCCAUAAUUUUACAGUUUGCUCUUUUUUGGGGGGAAUUUAACAUGUAAUAAUUUCGUACUUAAAGUUAAAGGCUAAAUUUCACACAUUCCCAUAUUUAAAAAAAACAAUUGCUAAAUGAAUAAGACUUUCACUAACUGACAAAUUAUAAUCAAUGUAAUUAUAGUAGCCUAUAGUGAGAUUCUCACAAAAACUACCGUUAUUUUGGAGUGUCAUGGCCUGGAAAAACUUUGGCUUCAACAUUUGUUGUGAUGUUGUACACUUUGUACUGGUAAGGUUAUCUUAAAUCUUUUUUAUCUUCAUUUAGGUCAUCUUUAAGACAGUUCACAGAAAUACUGACAUAUUUUUUGUAACUGCUAAUCACUGCUUUGUAACUUUUUUUAUUUUUCAGACAAAAACUUUACUGACUGGAGGUGAAGACUCUUUAGUCUGUCUUUGGUCCUCAGAGGGCUCAACUAAAGUCUUGGUCACCCAAACAAAAUCAAGUGUAAGUUUGUAUUGAUCUAUGGACAUCCACACAAAAUCAAGUGUAAGUUUGUAUUGAUCUAUGGACAUCCAAACAAAAUCAAGUGUAAGUUUGUAUUGAUCUAUGGACAUCCAAACAAAAUCAAGUGUAAGUUUGUAUUGAUCUAUGGACAUCCACACAAAAUCAAGUGUAAGUAGUAUUGAUCUAUGGACAUCCAAACAAAAUCAAGUGUAAGUUUGUAUUGAUCUAUGGACAUCCAAACAAAAUCAAGUGUAAGUAGUAUUGAUCUAUGGACAUCCAAACAAAAUCAAGUGUAAGUAGCAUUGAUCUAUGGACAUUCAAACAAAAUCAAGUGUAAGUUUGUAUUGAUCUAUGGACAUCCAAACAAAAUCAAGUGUAAGUUUGUAUUGAUCUAUGGACAUCCAAACAAAAUCAAGUGUAAGUUUGUAUUGAUCUAUGGACAUCCAAACAAAAUCAAGUGUAAGUUUGUAUUGAUCUAUGGACAUCCAAACAAAAUCAACUGUAAGUAGUAUUGAUCUAUGGACAUCCAAACAUGUCAAGUGUAAGUAGUAUUGAUCUAUGGACAUCCACACAAAAUCAAGUGUAAGUAGUAUUGAUCUAUGGACAUCCACACAAAAUCAAGUGUAAGUAGUAUUGAUCUAUGGACAUCCACACAAAAUCACUUGUUAGUUACUUAUCUGGUUUCUUAAUGUAAAAUCAGUUUUGAUUUAUUUUUCUAAAUCUCUACCAAAAUGUCUUAUGUGGAGCGGACAUAAAAACUAGCAUUGAAUGUUUAUGAUUGUAAACAUUACUGCAGUGUAUAGUUACACAAUAUAUUUUUGUUUUGUCCACAGGGGAAAAUUAAGAGCAAACAAGCAGAUGAUGAUAAGAAACCUUACAGCAAGAAAAAAAAAUGAUGGAUAUUUUGAUAACAUAACGAUGACAAAUAAAAACAAAUUCCUUCAUUUUG